AUGUGAUCACACAAUAUUUGCGUAAGCAGGGAGCGAACAAGAGGCUGUUACAGUCAUAGAAGUACGAUACGUACACGACUCCGAUUUCAAAAAACCCAAUCAAAAAAUCAAAUCUCUCGGCGAAGAAUCUCGAAUUGCGAUUGCAAACUAUGGCUUCAUGUGGCCUCUGGACGCCGCCGUCUUUCUCUCCCCGCCGGAGACUCUCUAACUUCUCUUCCACUCGCCGGCCUCCAUUCUCGGUUAUCAGAUUCGACAAAGAGCUUGCCUCACGAAGAGUCUUCUGCAGCUACAGCCAGGAGAACAACAAUAAGGAUCGGCCUCAAUCUUCCGGAAUUCAAGUCUACGGCGAGAUCGAGAGGUUGCUAACAGAGACUGUCAAGCAAUCUCAAAGUAGCUCCGCUGGAUCCGCCGACUGGUCAGAACUCGAGGGAGCUUGGGUGCUCAGACCUAGAAACUCGAAUCCAAAGAUGGUUGCUCAUUUCAUUGGUGGCAUAUUCGUUGGUGCAGCACCUCAGCUUACCUAUCGACUGUUUCUUGAGAGAUUAGCUGAGAAGGAUGUUUUGGUUAUUGCCACACCAUAUGCUAGUGGUUUUGACCAUUUCGCUAUUGCCGAUGAAGUUCAAUUUAAGUUUGAUAGAUGCUGCCGAUCUCUACAUGAAUCUGUGCAGGAUCUUCCAUCUUUUGGGAUCGGUCAUUCUUUGGGAUCCCUCAUUCACCUUCUCAUUGGAUCAAGGUAUGCUGUUCAGCGAAAUGGGAAUGUUUUUAUGGCAUUCAACAACAAGGAAGCGAGCUUAGCUAUUCCUUUGUUCUCCCCAGUUCUCGUCCCCAUGGCUCAAAGCCUUGGACCAUUGUUAUCACAAGUAGCAACAUCCCCAACAGUCCGCCUUGGGGCAGAGAUGACCCGAAAGCAAUUAGAAACUCUCAGCCCUCCCAUCAUGAAGCAAAUUCUACCACUAGUGGAACAGCUCCCUCCCCUGUACAUGGACUUGGUGAAAGGAAGAGAAGAUUUUAUUCCAAAACCAGAAGAAACAAGACGCCUUAUAAGAUCCUACUAUGGAAUCUCAAGGAAUCUGUUGAUAAAGUUCGAGGAUGAUUCAAUAGAUGAAACACCAAUCCUAGCUCAGGUGCUUGGCGUGGAAUCAUCCAUAAGCUCAAAGCUAGACAUGUCUAUCCGUACUCUUCCAGGGGAUCACGGUCUUCCUCUGCAACAGUCCCUCCCAGAUGUCCCACCAGCAAUGGCUGACGCUGUGAAUCGAGGAAGUGAGUUCUUAGCGAAUAUGGCUGUUGGAACACCGUGGGAGUCUGUAGCUAAAGAGGUUGGAGGUACGCUCGGAAUGGACUCGAAGAUCCUUCGUGCAUACACGUCCAAAGAUCUUGCCCAGCUCGUCGAUGCAAUCACAUCUUGGAUGGCUUCAAAUAUGGGUCCAAAACUUCUGAGAUCAUAAUGUUGGUUACUCGUGUACACAAAGUAAUCUAAUAAUACAGGUAAAUGUAUAAAUUGAAGUUGACGGAUCAUCAUCUGCUUAUAUAUGUAUUAUUAUAACUUGUUUGUAGACA